AUGUCGCCGAGCGGUCCAGCAAGCGGCGGGGCAGAGAUCGGCGUCCCCCCGAGGAACCCAAGAAGAAACGAAGAGGGGCGAGAUGAAAGCUCGGGAUUGCCUCAGGCGGUAUGGAACGAUUCGAAGGAGAGCAUCCUCUUGGCCCCGUAUGAGUACAUGUUCGGUCAUCCAGGGAAAGACAUCCGGACGCAGUUGAUUGCUGCGUUCAAUCUAUGGUUGGAUGUGCCAGAGAAAAGCCUAGAAGUCAUCACCAAGGUAGUCGGGAUGUUACACACCGCCAGCUUGCUAGUGGACGACGUAGAAGACGCAUCCUUAUUGCGUCGUGGGGUACCCGUCGCCCAUUCGAUAUUCGGCACGGCGCAAACGAUCAACUCCGCAAACUACAUCUACUUUCAAGCUCUCAAGGAACUGUCCGCGCUGAAGUCACCGAAAGCCAUCGAAAUCUUUACGGACGAGCUCCUCAAUCUCCACCGUGGGCAAGGCAUGGACCUCUUCUGGCGCGACACCCUGACCUGCCCAACCGAAGCCGAUUAUUUGGAAAUGGUCGGAAACAAGACGGGGGGGCUAUUUCGGCUAGCGAUCAAACUGAUGCAGGCGGAAUCCAGCAUAGACAUUGACUGUACCCCUCUCGUCUCCACCAUGGGCACCCUCUUCCAAAUCCUCGACGACCACCUCAACCUCUCCUCCCAAUCCUACUCCGUCCGCAAAGGCCACUGCGAAGACCUCACCGAGGGCAAGUUCUCCUUCCCCGUCAUCCACGCCAUCCGCGCCGACCCCCGCGACCUGGUGCUCGUCUCCAUCCUGCGCCAGAAAACCAACGACGACGAGGUCAAGAAGUUCGCCGUGCGCUACAUGGAGGGGAAGGGCAGUUUUCAGUAUACAAGAGAGGUCAUGGAGGGGUUGCGGGCGCGCGCGGUCGAGAUGGUGGGCGCGUUGGUGGAGAAGGUGGAUGGGUUCCGGGGACAGGGACAGCUGGGUGGGCAAGAGGUCAUGGCAAUCUUGGCGAGGAUGAAUGUCGACUGA